GACGUAGCUAGCCCCCUUGGCGGUCUCUUCGGCGCUAUAGCCGCAGGACAAUUUACAAGAUUGUGCUGGAUGCAGCUAACCUCAUCAGCAUGCAGACCUUGUCCAUAUUUGGCCGUGUGCCUCUGAUCAUUGUCAGCUUAAGCGUCUCGAUCCUCACUCGGAUAGGCAUAGGGAUUGCCGGCUGCAUCCCGGAACCAUUAGCGUUUGUCACGGUAACCACGGCCUGCGGUAUUGGUGCAUGGCCAGCAUCCUACGCUGUCGGUGGAGAAGCAUCGUCUCUGCGGCUUCGGGCCAAGUCCCAAGGUUUGGGCUGGUUCGUUGCCGGACUCUCCAGCGUCGAUUUCGACCUCGUCUUGCCGUACAUCUCCAACCCUGAUGAGGGUGCCCUGCGCGAGAUGAAAGAUCGGGCGCCCAGCGAGAUUGACGAUAUGUUUGGAGCAGUCGUACCUGCACGGCAGUUCAGAAAGUGGUCCCCACUGAUUGCUGAUCCACCUUCUUCGGAUCGUUCCCCACAGGCAUGACUAGCCGACGCAGGCGACCAAUCCACCGGCGCGUCAGUCGAGUACGAAAUUUUGUUUAGCCCGAACUGUUCCUGGGUGAGAGCCUUUAGGAGCAGAUCGACAGAAAGCCCAGCCGAUGGAUCUUCUUCUAGGCUCCAGCCAGAAUGCACGGCCAAAGACAGCCUGAGGAAGAGAAGUGCCAAGCCAUGACAUCC